AUAGCGAAUGUUUCGUACGGGAUUCUCACAUCACACAAAAUACACUGCGUGGGACGGAGAGACUAGUUUUGACUCACCUUUUUCCUCUGAAGUGCCUGACUCACAGGUCAACUAUCACAGUACUGACAUUGCCUGUCAACCAGGAAACAUUUUGAAGCUUGAGUUGGACUUAAGAGUGACGGACAAACUUUUAAAACCUUUGAAUUCUGCAAGACCGAGCAGAACUUGGGAGUUGGUUUUCGACGUAACAACAAGGACAAGAGUGCAACUCAACGUUAACAUUGAAGUUUCUGAGAGCCAUGGCAGAAAGCGUCAGCAGCGAAGACUACGACAUCUUGGACAGCCUGGACAUCUCCGAGAGCGACCAGGACAUGUCGGGGUCACCAGGAAGCGUCAGCGACGACGAGGAGGAAGAGGCCGGGGGCACCGGCAGCUACGGCCUUCGGCCCAGGUCGCAGCAGGCCCGGAGGAAGAUCCGACAGAUUGCCGGUGAGAGGCCCGACGCCGGCGAGCCUGAAGGCAAAGACCACGGCAAGCCGCGAGUCGUCCGCUCCAAGGCAAAACGCGUGGCGGCGAACGUGCGAGAGCGACGCCGUAUCAGCGAGUACAACAAAGCCUUCAACCAGCUGCGCAUAAGUCUGAACCACCCUCUGAGUGGCAAGCGCCUGUCCAAGAUAGCCACGCUGAGGAGAGCGAUCAACCGCAUCCAGGCCCUUCGGGACUCCUUGGACUCUGCCCCGCCGGCGGUGGAGGAGGACAGCGAUGGGCCCGUGUCGGAAUCUGUCGCAUCCAGCCCCGCGGGGUCGUCACUAGCGGGUAGCGACGACUUCGCCAACAUUUACAACAACAAUAACUCGUUCUCUGGUGUAGAGUUGCCCGUACAACCGCCAUUCGGCUCGUUUCAGCAGACGAUCUACAGCACGAACAUGACCCCGCGCUACAACAGAACUGAGCCGCAGUUUUUCCGUGAGGAGCCGUUCGACAGUUUCGACCUGUGCGGGGUGCCGCCGUGCAGGUUCGACACCUCCUGGCCGUACUCUGGCUUCCAGUCGGCUCUGGCCUGGUGAGAAAGACUUUGUUAAGAUUUUGAAAGCCGGGUUCACACGUGCGUAUGUAUUCAAGUUCAUAUGAGGUCCGUAUGGCAGUUAUAGCCUCUACCAGGCU